AUGUUGCGUAUUUUCUUCUCGCUAAACCAAACUACCAACGAUGCAGAACUUACAGAGGGUUUUGCAUACGGUCUCCUUUCUGUGCUCAACGCACACUUCCGGACCGUAUUCGGUAUUACCAAACUCCAGAGUGCUUUUUUACAGCUGGCAUACUUUGGCACUCAUUCCGUGUGGGCACCAUUCGCUGGUGUAAUUAUUGGACGGAUAGGAUACAAUGUGACUUCUGAUUCUAUAUGUGCCUCCACGUUGGCCUUGUACUCGAUUGGCCUUCAAGCUUCGGGUGCCAUAUUCUGUUGGCCAUCAACGAAAUUCGAGCCGUAUGGAGGAUUCGUCGGGAGCAUAUUUGCAACUGGGUACGGUCUUUGGACGCUCGAGGUUGCUGCGAACUCCUGCAUAACUGCACUUGGCACACCUCAGAAUGAUGCUGCGGCUCGUUUGAAAUUUAGUCAUGAAUUACGAGCCGUCAUAACCUUUGUCAGAUCUUUGAUUGCUUCACGCUGGUUUAUCACUGGUGCUAAUGCGACCAGCUUUGGAACCGUAUAGACUGUGGUCUGUUUGUCCACACUAGAGUCUCUUCAGGGUCGAUCUCGCGGUUGUUUAUGCCAUGUAAGAUCCAUGUUUUGUCCUAACCUCUAUUCAGUGGUAUUGUCGUUGACCGGACGAGGAAGAGCGGAUUCACAUCCGCAACCGCAACGAGCUGUCCGCUGUGCAUGCAGCUGAUUGCCAUCUAACCGAUUUGCUUCCCGAUGACGCUAAAGGACGCUCGAACAGUGGGAGAGUAUCCAGUGACGCAUUGAUUGCGGUCGCAUGAGAAGUGGGGGAUGUCGACCAUGAUGGAGGAAGAGUAUACCACGACCCC